GGACACUUGCUGCUGUGCAAAGAAACUCCGAUCCCUGCAGGAAACUGGGGAAGGGGGAGUUAGAAGAGAGGCAAUUCCAACGUGGGCUGGGCUUCCUGGGGUGGGAAAGCAGCUUUCGUUUUUCUUCUUCGGCUUUAGGGAUUUUCCAUCUCGGAAUUUCCACGGAACGCUCUUUCUCCCACAGUCCCACUCCCCCUCUCCGUCCCCUCCUGCCCUCCUCCCCCGCCCCUUCUCUUUAUAAAAGGAACGAGAUGGGGGUCCGGCAUACACCGAUUUCUCUUCCACGGUUACAGUGGGUCCACCUUGGAGUUCCUGGGCAAGGCGAUUUCGGGACUGUCCUUUUUGAACCCGCUCAAGUUUUGCGUCCUCCGGACCCAAGUCGUCGCGGCCAAUGGCACGAGUGACUUCAGCACUGUUUUCGCUACUCCUGACAUUCACAACGGCUGAAGAAUUUGGAAUAGAGGACAUUGUGCCAGAUCACAGAGUUGUUGCACAAAUUGGACACAAGCUUGCCCUAAGCUGUCGCACAACCGAUUGUGAAUCCCCGUACUUCUCCUGGAGAACCCAAUUAGACUAUCCAUUAGGUGGGAAACUGAGCACUCAAGGAAAGAGUUCAGUUUUAACUAUACAGUCUGUUGGAUUUCAACAUGAGCACCAAUAUGUCUGCACUGCUGGUUGCAAGCUGGGUGAACCAUCCAAAGAAAAAGCAGUCAUGGUGGACAUUUACUCAUUCCCCAGCGAUCCAGUUAUUGAGCUCAAAAGCCCUCUCAUUCUUGGGCAACCUGCUUCUGUUACCUGUCGUGUCCCCAAGGUCUAUCCUUCUGAGCAGUUGAUGAUUACUUUGAUAAAAGGAAAAUUAACUUCUGAAAAAGAGUUUUUUCAAGACCCUCAUACAAAAUCAUUAGAGACCAAGAACUUGAAGAUGGAUUUUAUUCCUACCAAGGAAGAUUUUGGGAAAGAGAUUAUAUGCAGAGCUGAGCUGCUUUUAGAGGACAUGGCUCUGAAGCCCAGGCAGUCUACGCAUGUGAUGGAAAUAAAUUAUGGCCCGCGGAAUACUCAAAUCGUGGCAUUUCCAGGCAACACCAUACUAGAAGGAGAAGCACUGAUACUUACCUGCUCGACUGAAAGUCAUCCUCAGGCUAGUUUUGUCUGGAAAAAGCAGCUUCCUGAUGGACUUACCCAGAAUAUUAUGGGAAAGUACAACCUCUCUAUCUCAAAUCCUCAGGCCUCUGACUCUGGAACCUAUAUCUGUGAAGUCACCAAUGAAGUUACAAGUGUAGUGGAGAGAAGAUCGCUACAUAUUUCUGUACAAGCUUCAGUCUUUUCAACAUUAACUGCUUCAGCUGCUUCAACAUUAACCACCCCAUCUGAAACAACAGUAUUCACCACCCCAUCUGAAACAACAGCAUUCACCACCCCAUCUGAAACAACAGCAUUAACCACCCCAUCUGAAACAACAUCUUUUACAUCAGAUGCAUCAUCAGAAACUACAACAUCGGUUACAUCUCGUGCAACACUGAAAACUUUUGUGUCUGCUACAUCAGAAAUAGCAACACCGGAGUUGAUUACAAUGUCUGCAUCGGAUAUAGCACCAAAAAUAAUUACCUCUGUGACAUCACAUGCAGCACUGAAAAACAAUACAGUUGUGUACCUGGCGGGUGUUUCUGAUGAUGACAGAAAUAACACAGAAGAGAUCAUCAUAAUUGCCAGAGUUGAAGAGCUGGAUUACGCGAUUCCUGUAAUCAUUGUCGUUUCUUGUUUAGCCACAGUAGCAGGUCCUGCAGCUGCCAUAUUUAUUUACAUUUUUAGAAAGAUGAAAAUAAAUGGAUCCUACAGUCUUGCAGACUCACUUAAACCAAACAUAUAAGUCCAUUAACUGGAAGUAAUUAGAACAGUUUUGCAAGUUUAUCAACUUGAUGAUACUGGAUCUUGCUCAGAAUCUUUGUUGAUCUUUCUCAUCGAAACUCAACGUGAGAGGAAUUGAGCUGAUGUGCUUUGGAAAGGAUGCAAACCAAAAUUAGGCCUUUUCAUGAAAACCAGUCUCUUGGGUCAAGACUCUUUCUCCACUUAGUGUCUCCAUUCAGUGUGUGAUUUGUGACUAAUCACUUGGACUAAUCUAUAGAUAUGUCUCUGAACCAGCAGACCCCAACUUUUUGGGCACCAGAGACCAGUUCUAUGGAGAGAAGUUUUUCCACGGACCGGAAGGGACGUGAUUUCGUGCGUUGCCUGCAUUCCAUGCAUGAGGCUUCCCUUGUUUGCACAGCCUAGUUUCUGGCAUGCCACAGCCCAGUGCCCAUCCAUGGACCUGGAGUUGGGGACCCCUGCUCUAAACUAUGUUUUCAUUUUACAAUACCAACUUCCAUGUGCAAUUCAAGCCAAAUGAAACCUGCCUUCCUUUUGGUAGUGCCAGAUUAACUUUCAUGCUUACCUACAUACUCAACGAAGUAGUUACUUAUGAGAAUAAAGUGAAGUGCAAUAGGGUGGGCUAGCCAGAGAUCCUUCUACAGUAGAUGCAAGUCAUGCAAUAUGAACAGUUGAUCAAUAGAAGAGAAGUAGCAUUGCAUUGUAGCACUGAUUAUGUUACCUACGUAGUUAGGUAAUGAAAUGUCUGCAACAAAACAAGCUCACAGAGCAUCAAGGACCCCACAUGAACAGCUUUGUGAAUAUAAAAAGGACUAUUUGCCAGCUUUGGGAAAGAUAUUUCUUUCCCAUAAAGCUCCACUUCCAGCCAUUCCUGGAUCCAUGAGCUUUCGCCACCAUUUUACUUCAACAGUUAAACCUCUCUGCUUCCAUGCAAAGUGACAUGCUACAUAGAUAUUUAAUUUUGUUUUCUUUAUUGCUCUUGUAUUUUGGUGUGGGGACUCUGUGGCUGCAGGCAAUUCUCAACAAAGCAGUGAUUUUUGCCCUCUGUUCUUGAAGAUGGGUCAUUUCCACACUGUUUUUGAAAGAUUGGACAGUAGAAAUGUAUGUAAAUAUGAUGUAAGAUUUAUUAUAUAUUUCUUGUAAAUAAUGUAUCAUAUUCUGACCAUAUGUAUUAUGCAGAGGUGGGAUACAAUUGGAUAAAUCUAAAAUAGAUGUAUGUAUUUUGUAUGUAGUGCUUUUAACCUGCAAGUAGCAAAUGCAAAAUUAUUCACUGAUACUUGUGGAUAAUUACCUGAUAUUCUAAAGGUGUUCUUUUCAGAAGGGGCUUAAUCCUGGUGGAACUAAGCAUUUUAAAGACCUGUUUAAAGACGCUGACAGAUGUUCAUAGAAUAGAAAUGUCCCAUUAACUAGUUCUAGAUAUCUGAAUAAAAUGGAAAAUACAAUCUUAUGUACAUUUAAAGUAGGCCGUGGAUCUCAUUGCAGAGCUAAAACUCUAGAAUAGAAUAGAAUUCUUUAUUGGCCAAGUGUGAUUGGACACGCUAAGAAUUUGUCUUGGUGCAAAGCUUUGACGUUAUUAGCUAUAUUAUGAAAGGAAUAAUUUGUACACUAAUUUGACAAAAUUGCAUUUUAAGUUUUAUUCCAAGGUUAUAAGCUGAUUUUUUAAAUAUAUAUAUAUGUGUAUGUGUGUGUGUGCAUACAGUUAAUAUCUCGGUAUUAUUAAUAUAUUAAUAUUAAUAUAUUUAUAUUAUUAUAAAUAUAUACGAUAUUAUAUUAAAUAUUAUACUAUAUUAUAUAUUAAAUAUUAUACUAUAUUAACUGUACACACAUAUAUACCCAUGAAAACUUACAUAGACAAAUAUAUAUAUAUAUCUCCCACCCACCUGGUUCAGGUUUUGGUACUUUUCAAAGCUUGUACAGUAUUAUUUAAAUUUGUUUUUAGCAAUGCAAUGUUCUCCUGUGAAACUGAAUGUUUAUAUUGACAUCUAUGAAUUUUCUCUUGUUUGGGUAGAGAGUAAAAUAGCCCAAAUGCUAUAGUUAAUCAAUGUACAAUUGAAUUGUAAAUAAAAGUGCUUUUCUGAUUUUAUAA